GAAACCCCAAAAAACCCAGAGACACCCAAAAAACGCGAGGGAGAGAAAAGCGCGAAACAACAAGAAGAAGAAGACCCAGAGAGAGAGAGAGAGAGAGAGGAGGGGCAUAAUGGGAAAGAAGAAGAAGAGGGUGGCGUCGAAGGUGUGGUGUUACUACUGCGAUAGGGAAUUCGACGACGAGAAGAUAUUGGUGCAGCACCAGAAAGCUAAGCACUUCAAGUGCCACGUCUGCCACAAGAAGCUCUCCACUGCUGGAGGUAUGGCCAUUCAUGUCCUCCAGGUCCACAAAGAGAACGUCACCAAGGUUCCGAAUGCAAAGGCUGGGAGGGAGUCGACAGAUAUUGAAAUAUAUGGGAUGCAAGGAAUCCCACCUGAAGUCUUGGCUGCACAUUAUGGAGAAGAAGAAGACGACACCCCAUCAAAAAUGGCUAAAGUGGAAAUCCCAUCGACUCAGCUUGUUGGCGGAGUGGUUCCAGGUCCAUUGGGGACAUAUCCUCCCCAACCACCUUUUGGAAUGCGGCCAAUGUACAAUGCAUCUGUCCCAUUGCCUCAAAACGGUUGGCAAGUUGCACCUCGUCCCCAGCCCUGGUACCCCCAGCCUCCGGCAGUCUCAGUUCCUCCACCUUCCGGACUGGGUUAUGCACAGCAGCCGUUGUUUCCUGUGCAGUCACCUCUACCAUCAACAACAUCCCCUGGACUGCCUGCGUCAAUGCAUCCUGUACCUGUAUCACAACCCCUGUUUCCUGUUGUUGGUGUCAAUAAUUUACCAACUCAAAGUUCUCCAUAUUCUGCUCCUAUGCUUUCUACAAAUAUUCCAUCAAACCCUCUUGGUUCGAUGGAUGCAUAUCAGGGCGCUAGAACUUCCAAUCCAAGUAGUUACCACGCUUCAACUAUUCCAGGUGGGAACUUAAAUAAUUCACACUCUUAUGCUUCUGGUCCAAAUACUGGUGGUCCAUCAAUUGGACCACCCCCUGUGAUAGCAAACAAAGCUCCCCAGCCAGCCACUAAUGAGGUGUAUUUAGUUUGGGAUGAUGAGGCUAUGUCCAUGGAGGAAAGAAGAAUGUCCUUAGCAAAGUAUCAGGUGCAUGAUGAAACUACCCAGAUGAGCUCAAUCGAUGCAGCCAUAGACAGAAGGAUUUUGGAGAGCAGGCUUGCUGGUCGAAUGGCAAUUUAGAUCAAAUGACAGCUGUUGGAAUCUGGUUUUUAGCUAUGGUCUAUAUAUCACUUGAGUUUGUAUGAAUCUCAAGACAGGCUUCCUUGAUUCGUCUGACAGAUGACCAGUCAUACAAGUUAUUUUGUGUUCUAUUCUAUUCUUUGCCAGAAUUAUGGGGCGGGGGCAUAUUAAGUUACCAUUCUUUCUCAUUUCUCUCCCUUUUGCUCCUAUGGAUUUUGUUGUAACUUGUAAGCCUUCUAGAUUAGGUAGAAAUACAAGGAUUACAUUUUAUUUAUCUUCAGCUGUUUGAUUCCUCAAUCCAGUUUGUUUAAGUACUCAAAUGUUGAUACUUCAUAUCAAUGACUAGUUGGAAUUACAUC